UUUGAAAAUUGGAAGCGGGCUGGUGGCGCAAGAGGGGAAAGUAACUUCACUACUUUCAUGGAAAUAUAAACCAGAAUUCAAGAAUUACUUUUCGUGGAUUGAUGUUUUUUCUUAAUGUAAGUGCUAAGAUCAGUUAUGUCCGUUUUUAACACUACACCAACAAGAGGCCGCAAGCCUCUGUUGGAGAGUUAUCAGUUUUUAAAGGAUGGUCAUUUGGGUGACUUAUCAAUCAAAAAACAACUUAAAGACACUUUGGAUGAAAAAAUCAAGAAAGAAGAUGAAUCGUCGCAUUCAGUCGAUAAGAGCAAAGAGAUAAAUAAAACGUAUAUUCUACCGGGAAGUAAAACAUCUAGUCAAACUGUUGACAUAUAUUCUAAAGGCAGACUGAUGCUUCAAAGGAAAAAAACAGACAAUAAGGACACUGAAAUCGGUGAAAAGAAGCCAAAGCAAAACACUGUAAAAGAAGACGGAGCGCCAGAAAAAAGAUUAGCACUGCAGCGCCGUACGAGAACAGGCUUAAUAACAGAGAAAAACAAAGUAGCGACUGAAAAUACAACACAACAGAAACAAGACGGGGCCACUAAUUUAGACUCUUAUAAAAGGCUUACUGAAACAAAUAAUAGCGAUAAAACCCCCAAAGCAACAACAAUUCAGCGAUCAGGGAGUCUGAGGGAUACAACAUUAAAAAGCACACCAAAAACCAGAAGUAAUCCUUCAAUUCUUGUAAAAGCAGCGAGCAAAGGAAACGAAAACUCUUCCAGGUCUGUGCCCAAGUCACUGGCGGAGUCAGUUUUGAAUAAAGGCGAUACCCCCAAAACAGAGGCCCCGAAUAAACUACACGUGUUCUUAGCACCUGCCAAAAGGACACCCGCUGAAAAAAAUGUCAAAGAAGUUUUUGAGAAGACAGCGGGGAGAGAUAUCACGAAACCGCUGAGUACCAAGUAUGGAAGUUUGGAGAGGCAGAAGGCACCAGGGCAGGUUAGCUGUGAAAGCGUCAAACCCGUACCUAAAGCUUCCACUCUCCCAGGGAACAGCAGGCUUGCGGUAGGGGCUGUCAGUAGAAACUGGGCAUCCACUGUGCAAGCGUCACAGCCGAGGAAAACUAUAAAUUUAGUGUCUCACAGUGCAGACGUGAAGAGUUCGGGAUGGGGGACCCCUGUUAAGGGAUUUUUAUCAAAGCAAGAGUCCACCCGAGAGAGUGUGAUUCAAGGCCAAGAUUGCUUGAAAAUGGAAAACAGUGCAGUAACCGUGGCAGUACGAGUGAGACCAUUCAACAACAGAGAGAAGACUGAGAAUGCACAUCAGGUUAUCUUCAUGGAGAACCAGGAAAUUGUUGUUCAACAUCCGGACUCCAAACAAAACUAUUCCUUUAUCUACGACUUUUCAUUUUUUUCUUUUGAUAAGACUGACCCUAAUUUUGCCAGUCAACAGACCGUGUAUGAAAAGCUUGCUUUGCCCCUUCUUGAAAGAGCUUUUGAGGGAUACAACACUUGUCUCUUUGCGUAUGGUCAGACUGGCUCUGGAAAAUCAUAUACAAUGAUGGGCUUUAGUGAUGAAGCUGGAGUGAUACCAAGAUUUUGUGAGGAACUCUUCUCAAGAGUUGGCAAGUCAGAAAAUCAACAAGUCACAUACCUCCUGGAAAUGAGCUAUUUUGAAGUUUACAAUGAGAAGAUUCAUGAUUUAUUGGUAGUAAAAGAUGAACAAAGUCAAAAGAAGCUACCAUUAAGAGUACGAGAGCAUCCAGUCUUUGGGCCUUAUGUAGCAGAUCUAUCAACGAAUGUUGUUAGCUCAUACGAUGACAUUAAGAGCUGGCUUGAGCUGGGAAAUAAACAACGUGCCACUGCAGCAACAGGGAUGAACGACAAGAGCUCUAGAUCUCAUUCCGUCUUCACACUCGUCAUGACACAAACAAAGACGGAGUUUGUUGAAGAGGAGGAGCAUGAUCACACCAUAACCAGCCGGAUCAAUCUGGUGGACCUCGCAGGGAGUGAGCGCUGCUCCACAGCCCAGACCAGUGGAGACAGGUUGCGGGAAGGUGUGAGCAUCAAUAAGUCCCUGUUAACGUUGGGAAAGGUGAUCUCGGCUCUUUCUGAACAUUCUCAGUCAAAGAAGAAAGUCUUUAUCCCCUACAGGGAGUCAGUGUUAACAUGGUUGCUGAAAGAGAGUCUUGGGGGAAAUUCGAAAACCGCCAUGAUUGCCACUGUCAGCCCUGCAGCCAGCAAUGUGGAGGAAACUCUCAGUACCCUUCGAUACGCCAAUCAAGCACGCAUGAUCAUCAAUGUUGCCAAAGUAAACGAGGACACCAGUGCCAAACUGAUUAGAGAGCUGAAAGCAGAAGUUGAAAAACUAAAAGCAGCUCAAAUGAGCUCCCAAGGUGUUGAAACAGAAAAAAUGAGAUUGUUUAAGCAAGAAAUCACAACCCUUAAAAUGCAGCUAACACAACAGGAGAAAGACAUGGCAGAAGCUCACAGGACUUGGAAAAAGAAACUGGAACAGGCCGAAAAAAGAAAGCGUGAAGAAGCUAAAGAGCUACAGAAAGCUGGGAUUGCACUCAAGGUAGAUAACCGUUUGCCAAAUCUGGUUAAUCUCAAUGAGGAUCCCCAACUGUCGGAGAUGUUGCUUUAUAUGAUAAAAGAAGGGCAGACCAAAGUUGGAAAACAAAAAUCAGAUUCAACUCAUGACAUUCAACUUUCUGGAGCUCUUAUUGCUGAUGACCACUGUAUAAUUUCUAACGUAGGUGGUACAGUAAGUAUCGCACCAAUUAAGGAUGCAAAGACAUUUGUGAAUGGAAACCUUGUCUCGGAGUCAACUGUCCUUCAUCACGGUGACAGAGUGAUUCUUGGUGGUGACCACUACUUUAGAUUCAAUCAUCCAGGGGAGGUGCAGCGUGGGACACGAGUUUCGUGCUGGAACGGGGCAGGGGAUGGACACAAAGACUUUGAAUUUGCAAAAAACGAGUUAUUAGCAGCACAAAGAGCACAGCUUGAAGCAGAGAUUGAAGAAGCUCGGAUGAAAGCCAAAGAAGAAAUGAUUCAGGGUAUACAAGUUGCCAAAGAAAUGGCCCAGAAGGAGCUUUCAGACCAGAAAGCUUUAUAUGAACAUAAAAUUAAAGCUUUGGAAAAAGAACUGAAGGCAGAAUGCGAAAGGAAGAAACUGCAGGAACUUAACAACCGGAAAGUGGCCACCAAGAUCGAAGAGCUGCAGAGUGCAAAAUUACAACUUGAACAGGAGGUGCAACAAAAUAAAAAACGUCUUCUUAUGGAAGCACAAGCUACCCGACAGGCCCUGGCAGAUCAUGCCAUACAUCAUGCAAAGAUUAUUGAAGCCUUAGAAGAGGAAAAAAAGAAGAUUUCUGAGGAUUUGGUUAGGACCCAGCAAAAAAGGGCACGAAAUGAACACUAUGCUGCAGGACAUGUUCAACCACAGUGGGACUCGAUGAAACUGUCUCUGAUGAUCCAGGAAGCAAAUGCCAUUAGCAGAAAACUGAAGAAACAUGCUGUUUUCAGUCGGCAUGAAUCCUCAGAUAAAGACCGCGGAAAGGAAAAUGAGCAGCUACAGGUGCAAGUUCAGAACACAAAGCUGGGUAUCACAACCUUUUGGAGUCUAGAGAAAUUGGAGAGCAACCUAGCAGCAAUGAGGGAGAUGGAACAGGGAGAUUCUGGUGCAAAAGAUGAUGUGUUUUAUGAUCCAAAUGAUGAGUGGGAACCAGAUAUAGCAAAUACUUCUGCUGCUUCAUCAUUUUCAAGGAGAAAGAGCAGAAGUCUUUUAAAAAGCAGGAGAAUAUCAGGACGACUUUAUGAAAUAAGAGUCCAUCCCAUUCAGAGUCUUCACAACUCCCAGUAUUCUGGUUUAAUGAACAAGACCACUACUGUACAUCCUAGUAUAUCUGAGUCGGCAUUGCCUGGCAUUUGCAAAGAGCUGAUUGGGUCAGCAGUGGCUCAGAUGAAAAUAUGUGAUGAGAUACAGGAGAGUAUGGCUGACAGAAUAAUGGCAGAUAUUCUCACCAUUCACAAUGGAGUCGCUGUUAUCUCCACCCUGUACGAGCAGCUUGAUGAUGACAGCCAAGAAAAUUUGUUAGUUUGCAAUGGAAAAGCACAAUGCCAGCUUGUGAAGGCAACCUCAGCCCUUGAAAGAGUCAUCUUCCUUACAACACAGUGGCUUUACACUAUUAAACCGAGUGGACGUUCUGAGGUUAAUGAAGAGCUCAAGCUGGAAAUAAAGAAAAUGGGUGGUUAUUUUCAGUUACUCAUUCAGGGAUGUGAUUCGGACAUUUCUUCUAUGGUGACAGAAGCUCAGGACAAAAUCAGCCUGUGCCUGAACACAGCAAUUAAAUUAAUCAGCCAUCUCUCAAUUGUAACCGGAACAGAGCUUCACAUUACAGAGGAAAUUCAAAAGAGCUCCUUGGCAGUUUCUUUUUAUGAGGGAGGAAGAAAAGGUAUAAGCACUCUUCUGGAUAAUGGGAUGUACCAAGCAAAGGAAAUGCAAAGAACUGUUCAGUUAAUAUUCCCUGGAUCUCAGAUUUUGCAGGAACUACAGAAGAAUGCUUUGGAUUUAGCUACUUCUCUCCAGGUUUAUAUCUCACACUGUAAACUGGAGGGUCAUCAGUCUUCAGGUGUGGGAUAUGAAGAUAGUGUUCCUGAUCAUUUUCAGCUGAAGGAGAUCAAAAGGACAGCUACUGAUUUGAUCAAAUUCAAUGAUACUCUCAAAGAGAUCAGCUCCAUUAUCAGCAGCACAUUAAAAGGCGAAGAACACUUCUCCGGUCUCCAUACUUUCAGAGAUGCAGUCUGUUUAUCGUCUAAGUUUAUUAGCGAUUACCUCAGUGCAUUCUUUAAGCAUCAAAUCAAUAAUCCCACAGAUGAACUUCAUGUGGAAUGUACAGAAAGUAUUGUAACUGCAAAAGCAAAUGUGGACUCUGCACUCAACUCCAUUACAGCCACGUUUGAUCAGCUAUGUGUGGGAAUAACUGAGCUUCCUAGCGCAGAGGAUAAUGUGGAAAAGAACGAAGACAAGAAACUCAAAGGCAAUGAACAUAGUGUGUUUUCAAUUAAAAGCGAGAGAAAAAAAGGAGUUCCUAAAUUUGUGUAUACUCUUUCAACACGUACAAACUGUUCACCUAGUGCUAUACAGUGGGUUUAGUUGGCAUAUUUCUGUGUAAUGACCCUAAUUCCCUAAUAUAUGCAUGGUAUAGUUAUAAUGCUGGGACAUUUUACACUGUAAAAAACAACCUACACUAAGUGGGACUUGAGUAUCUUGCACUGCAAAGAAAAAUCAGUUGUUACAUUUUUCAAUACAAUGUGUGAUACUGUAAUGGUAUUAUUCAUUUUUAAGAUGUGUAUUUAAAGCUUGCAGAAUCUGAAAACUUAAAAGCGCACAAGUUAUUUUUUUCUGAAUUUGGGUUGAAAUACUGAAUUAAUAAUAAUGUACAUCAUCACAAAGGAGCCCAUUACAUAACUGUUUUUUACAUAACUGUACAUGUAUACUUGUGCUUUAUUUUUCAAACAAGUUGGUAGAAGGUAUAAUAGCAUUUAUGUAAAGUCUCCAUAUGAACAAUCAAGGAAUGAAAGUGUUUGGAAUGAAUACAAAAACACGAAAUCAUAUGUAAAGCCAGAACUCAUGGAAAAAAAUGAAUCAUAUCAUCACUUCUCAAGAGCUAUAUAUAUAUAUUGCAUAUAUUCAUUUGUAUACAUAAGAAAAUGAGAAAAAAAAUAAUUUAUUUCCAGUAACAGAAGAAUGUAUAUAUUACUCAUUUUUAGGUAAAAUCAUUUUGUGCAUUUUUCUUUGGAAUAAUAAAAGUAAAUAGUCAUUUGAUCUACACAUAUACAGUACCUUUCACAAUAAGUCUUGUAGAAAUGUUUAAUGUAUGCAUUAUUUCAUUUUUACAAUAGCAUUAAGUGAACAGAGGCACUACAAAAUGAUAUCAUUUUCCCUUGUGUAUCCCUUGUGUAUCAAUAUUUUAAAAUUGAAAUUUAAAUUUAAAAUAGCUAUUGUCAGUCCCCAAGCCAUGUACUGUAU